ACCUGCUACAUGCUACAAAAGUAACUUUCUUUUUCCUAUUCCUCACUCCAAUGAGUAGAAAAUAUGUUGCAAUUUGGCCAGUUAAUGUUUAGUAGCAAACAGAACGUCCAUCAUACCAGGUGUAGUCAGAUUAAACGCUUCCAAAAUUAUCAAGGACAAAUACGUUUUAAACAAAUCACAAAUAUCAAACAAGAAAUAACAAUUAUUCAUAAGAAAAUAAAAUGAAACGACUUAAGUUUACCAACCACAUAGUAAAUUUGCUUGUCAUCAUUCUGGUACUUAUAACGCCCUCAUACCAACAACAACAACAAAAAAAGCAGCAGCAACAGUCUGGACAACAACCAAAUGGUAAUAACGAUCGACAACAGCCACGCGGUAGCGCUGAAUAUCCAAAUGAAUUGACGCCAUCUACGGAAGCACCACCAAUUUCUGUUCCAUACUUUAGGGCGUCAAUACCAAUGCGUAUUUACGAAUGUUUACGGGAAUUUAGUACUUUGCGCUGUACAAAACUUUAUGUUUUACAAAAAAUGGAAGAACGCAAAUUGAGACCUAAUACCGGAAAUAUCACUAAAGAUUUCCUCAAUCAAUUCUUUGGCGAAGACGAACAAAUGGGCAGUCUGAUCAGCGAUCGUUUUAGAAAAAUGUCGGACAAAGAUCUUAACAAACGUUUAGUGUUACACUUUCAGAGAUUUUUUAAAAAUCGUGACAUCAAACUACACUUCCUACCCGGACUAAUGGUGAAAAUCAUACCCAGCAAAGAAAAUAAAGUGAAAUUUUCCCUCAAAAAAAAAGCAAAACAUCAUUUGGCACACCAGGGACGUUCACAGAAAGAUGGCAUUAAGGGCAUAUUAAAGGAUACUGGCUUCGCUGACAGCAGUUUAGAGGGACAUGACAACACUAGUCUAGAUGAGGAUGAUGUUGAUAUCAAGUCAAAGCACAAAGACUCGAAGAUAAGAAAAAAGAUUAAAAAGAAUAAACAUUCUUACAAAACAACAGUGUUGCAAAUGGCUGUACCGGUUAUGAUAAUGCCAGCUAUUCUAAUGGGUACAUUUUUACCUUUUAUUUUACCAGUUCUUAAAAUGGCCACACUUACCACCAUGAUUAUGAAUAAUACUGCAUUCAUGGCAGCCUUGAUCUAUGCCGCACGCACUCAUGUGAAUGCUCAAGAAGAACAACCCAUUAAUUAUACUUACGGUCACCCUGGUUUUCAUUAGACAAAAUCGAAUGAUCUCUUUA